AGAUAAUCCCUCAAGUCACAAGUUAAGUCUAGCAAGAACCCAUUCUUAGUUACAUAAAUUUAUUUUAUAUAUUGCAAGCAAUAAAAACUUAUCUGUAUCACAUUUUUAACCUUGUUAAAUGAUAAAGCAGGAUUGCUUGAAUUAAUUCAUUUGUGUUAUUUGAGCCAGUCAAUUUACACCAUGGUUGUAGAAGUGCCGAAAAUUCAAUUAGGAAAUGGACAGACGAUGCCGAUUGUCGGACUUGGCACUUACGCGCGUAAAGCAGAGCCAGGCCAGUACCGGCAAGCGGUGGAGUGGGCUAUCGAGGCAGGGUACCGGCACAUCGACACAGCCUCCAGCUACCAUAACGAGGAGGAGGUUGGGCAGGGAAUAGCGAACGCCAUCAGCAAGGGACUUGUUACUCGGCAGGAGCUGUUUGUCACUACCAAGUUGUGGAAUGACUGCCACACGGAGGCUGACGUUAUCCCGGCACUGGAGAAGUCCUUAGCAAAGCUUAAACUGGACUAUGUGGACCUGUAUCUUGUACACUGGCCCGUCUCCGUUAAUGCUUCUGGAGAGGACAUGGGUAUCGACUAUCUGGAAACCUGGCGCGGAAUGGAAGAAGCCGUGCGUCGGGGGUUAGCGCGCGGCAUCGGCGUUUCUAACUUUAACGCCGAUCAGCUGCAGCGCCUGAUACGGGUUACGCAGAUCAAGCCGCUUGUGAAUCAGAUAGAGGUAAACCCGACGCUGACUAACCACGAGCUAGUCAACUUCUGCAAAGCCAAUGGCGUAGUCCCAAUAGCGUACACCGCGCUAGGCUUACUAUCGGAGGCUCGGCCAGAGUUUGCAGACAAAGAUGUUAUAAAGACGGACGCGGCGCUUGGUCGAGUCGCCGAGCAACAUGGGAAGACCAGGGCACAGGUCGUGCUUAGAUAUCUGAUCCAACGCAGCAUCCCCGUGAUCCCGAAAUCUUUCACACAGUCUCGCCUAGCCGAGAACCUGAACAUCUUCGAUUUUGAGUUGAGCCCCGCCGACAUGGAUGUUGUCGACUCUUACAAUAUCAACCACCGCUGCGUGCCUGCCACGGGAUUCGCUAAGCUUAAGAAUUACCCUUUCUAAUCUAUAGUACCUUCGAGCAACACCGGGAAGGGAGUCGGCAUUCGCACUAUUUCCCCUCUGCCGAAGCACAUGCCCAACUGGGCAUCAGUGUUGGCCGAAACGUUAAUGCGAUUGAAAAUUCUUGACCAUUAACCAGUACAAGCUGAACCGUCAACUGUAACCGUCCGUUAACGUUCAAUUUGUAAUGGUUAAUGUUCAAUUGCAAUUAACGUUCGGCCAACACUGCUGGGCAUGCACACAACUAGUGCGGUGCGUUGUGACUCAUCCGUACACAAAAAAAGAUCGAGGUGUAGUAGAAUAUAGCUGAGUUUUGGGACU